AUGGCAGACGAGCCAUCCUCACCCAAGGACAUGCCCCAGGCGACGGCCACCGAGGCGCCUGAGGCCGAGACUUCGAUACCGCCUUCCAUCUCUAGCGGUGAGAACAACAAUGAGAAGGCUGGUGCUCACACGGCCACCGCCGUCGACCUCGACCGCGUCGGUGAGACCGAUGGCUAUGUGCUCGACGAAGCCCGAAUUCGCGAGAAGCUUGGCCUGGCCUCCGACGUCCCCCUCAAGAAGUCGAGCCAUGGCAAAGUCCUGAUUCCCCAACCCACCGAGGAUCCUGAGGACCCGUUGAACUGGCCCAGAUGGAAGAAGGCAGCCAUCUUGUUGGUGAUUGCGGUCAAUGCUGCGACUUCUGAUUACUCUGCAGCCACUGGCGCAAGCGCUCUCAUUCCCCAGGCGACACAGUGGCGUAUCAGUCCGGACGAAGUCAAUCAUGCUACGGCUGGCAAUACAUUCAUGCUGGGCGUCGGCGGUAUUUUGACCGUCUGGCUCUCGGCCUGGAUUGGUCGUCUUCCCGUCCUCUUCUGGUUUGGAUGUCUUUCCGCCGGUACAGCUGCUUGGUCCGCCGCGGCGAAGUCUUUCGAAUCAUACAUGGCGUCACGCAUUUUGAACGGCAUGUUUGCUGUUGCCGGUGCGGGUGGCGGUCUCAUGUGGAUCAAGGAUGUGUGGUUCUUUCACGAGCAUGCCAGGAAAAUCAACAUCUGGAGUACCGCCAUCAUUCUGUCUCCCUUCCUGGGGCCGCAAUUCAUGGCUGCCAUCCUCAGCGUGAGUACAUGGAGGACGGGAAUGUGGCUAAACUUCGGUAUCAUUUCGCUCGGAUUGGCCAUGACCAUUGUUCUCGGCGACGAGACAUUUUACCCAAGGCACCUGAUGCCAGAUCGAGUUCCAAAGCGCAAGAACCGUCUCCUCAGAGUUGUCGGCAUCGAGCAGUACAAGACCAAGUACACGACCAACACUUUCCUUGAAGCUGGAAGUCGAUUGGGAUGGACCGUUCUCAAGUUGCCGGUGUUUCUGACUUGCCUCUUCUACUUCUUCGACUUCCCUUGGACAAUCGGCAACAACACAACCAUCUCGGUCUUCAUUAUUCCUGCAUAUAAUUUCGACUUCCGUAACCUUGCAGCAAUCUACACUGCACCUGUCGUGGGUGCGAUCCUGGGACUUGUCAUCGGCCAUUUCAUGUUCGACUUCAUUGCUAGAAUGUGGGCGAAGCGCCAUAAUGGCAUCAUCGCCCCCGAGAACAGGUUGAUCAUCCUGUGGCUCGUUUUGCCAUUCAAGCUCAUCGGCUACAACCUGAUCGGCACGACUUUGCAUCAUGCUCCCGCAUGGUCAUACUGGGUUCUCGUCGUGGGAUGGGGAAUGCACAACUUCGCCACAAUCGUCACCACCUCAGCGGUGGGUGCGUACUUGCUGGACUCCUACCCCGAGGCAGCUGGUGAAUGUGCCGCUCUGCUCAACUUUGCCAGAACACUGGGUGGAUUUAUUAUCGGGUACAUCCAGAUCAAUUGGGCCACCAAAGCGGGCACGCAAACGGAAUAUGGUAUUCAGAGCGGCAUCAUGGGAGCAGCAUUCUUUUUGGUCGUGUUCUUGCAAUUCUUCGGGGCCAAAUUGAGGCAUGCUCAGGGGCCGUUGAACUUCAAGACUUACUAG